CACAAACUUGAAGAUAGAAAGUACAAUAAAUCUACGAUGUUAAGUAUAAAAUGCAACAUACUAUAUGUAUAAAUAUAUAGAAAAAUAUGCAUAUGUGUAUAUGCAUACACAAUAUAUAUGUAUACAUACGUAUAUAUACACACAUACAUAUACAAACACAGAAUAUUCAAGUAGCUACGCGACAUACCGAAUUCAUUAAUUGCCAUUUAAUACAGGUAUAAAAUCACGAUUUUGACCUCAUUGUGACAUCUUGUAAGAUGUUCUGGUACCUUGGAUAAUAGUAUUCUAACACAUAACAGUAUCUUUCAAUCAUCUUUUCUCAAGCUAUUUAUUGAAAUUAAAUGCAUAUUGUAUUAAAAUCUAGUAUACGCCAUCAGAAUGACACACAGUAUCAAAAUUGUGUUAUUAUUAUUAUUGUUGUUGUUGUCAUAUCUGUUAGCAAGGUAGCGAUAUUUGUAUUAACAUGUAUUAAUAUCGAAUAAUUUUCAUACUCGUCCAGUAGGUGAUAUUUUAAUAAAAUCAUUAAACAGCUACGGUAAAUCUUUGCAACAACAGCAAUAACAGCAAGGAUAAUAUCAAAAGGAUAAACAAAGGAAUAACAAUGUAAAUGAAACAAUGUUUCGCUCUUAGUACGUGUACAUGUGUAAAUAGCAAUACAUAUGUAUUCGAUUCGGGAUGUUUCGUAGCUUCGAUGUGUUAAGUAUGUAGUGUACGAAAGGUUUUAAAUGCUUAUGCAUUCGAUAGGUUUACACGAGAGCUUGACAAAUUCUUCGUACUCGGCGGAAAAGGGAGACAAAUAGCUUGAAACUGAUCGCGAUAUUUGACGCUUGUCGGUUCGUUGAUACUUGGGAAAUUAUUGAAAGAGAAAAGAAAUGGUAUAAUCGUUUGGCUUAUACAAACGGCGGUGACGUCAGCGUUGAAGUCAGCGGCGAAGGUGAGGGCAGCAAUGGCAAUAGCCGCGUAAAUCGGUGACUGUAAACGAGCGUCCUAUGUUAUACACGCGAAUCUCACAAAACUGAAAAUAUCACCAACUGAUAAUAUAUGUACGUGAUGCGCGAAUUGUAUCCUUUUGGAAAACAGAUGAUAGGAUGGCUCUAUAUUAAAUACAAGACGAAGAAUUUGCGUAUCACUCGAAGCCACUUGCUUACAAAAGAAUCUGCAUCGUUUUGGGUAAUGAAUCUUGCGAUUUAGACUCCGCCGUAUCGGCAUUGAUUCAAGCUUUUUCUGAAUAUUUAGACGGAAUUAAAAGGAAAGAAACAGAUUUAGCGGUUAUUCCGUUGAUGAAUAUAUCUGAAAGAGAGUAUCGUGUAAAAACUGAAGUCGUAUUCUUCUUGAAACGUCAUAACAUACCUUCCAACUUGCUGACAUUUCGGGAUCAAAUAGAUUUAAAAGCUUUAAAGAAGAAUGUGGAAACGAAAUUGGAACUGGUGCUCGUUGAUCAUCAUAACCUUCCGGACGAAGACACUUAUCUAAUGGAUUCUGUAGUAAAAAUAAUCGAUCACAGACCACAAGACGAACGGUGGCCGUGGCCUGGUAGAGAAAUACAUCUGGAGAGCGUAGGCAGUUGCGCAACGCUAGUGGCGCGAAAUUUAUUCGAUAAACAUGCAGAAAUAAUAGACUCGCAGAUAUCGAGUCUUCUGAGAGGUCCAAUCUUGGUCGAUACUUGUAAUUUUUCAAAAGAGGCCGAUCGUGCUACUCCUGCCGAUGUGGAAAUCAUAGAAUCUCUGGAAAAAGUUGGACUAUUAGAUCUAGACAGAGAUAAAGUGUUUCACGAGAUCGUUAAAGCAAAAUCUGACAUUAGCGAGUUGACUAUCGAUGAUCUUUUGAUCAAAGAUUUAAAAGUAAUUGUUGGCAUACCGAUUGUUGGAUUGCCUAUGUUGGUGAAGGAUUUCCUCCAUUUACAAGAGGCUCAUCUAGAAAGUCUUGAAAAUUUUGCCAAAUGUAAAAACACUACGAUCGUCGUUCUAAUGGGAUUGCAACUUAAUGCGCAAGAAAUAUCUCGAGAUAUCGCUGUUUUUUCGUCUCAUGCCAAUCGGCUAAGAGAUAAGAUAAUAGAAGCUUUAAUGGUGUCUACGCAACCAUCUCUCGAAUUGAGUUUGAUUAGAAAAAUUCACCAAGAAGAUGGAGAUGUUAAUUUGUUCCUUUAUGAACAAAGAAAUCUACGUGCCACGCGAAAACAAAUUUUACCGAUCAUUCGAGAUACCGUUUUGUUGGAGUGUCGAUGCUGAGUAACAAUUCGUGAUAGAAUCUCUUGCUUGAAGUUGAAUUUAUAAAGACAAAAUGCGAGAGAUUAUAAGAAGUCACAUUUCAGAUGGCAGUGUCAGUUUCUUGAGUUCAGUCUUUCAAAUAAAUGAAAUAAGAACAAUAGGAAACAAAA